UGAGAGGAAGGAACAAACAAACAACCUUUUUAUAAGCAACAUUAUCCUCGAUCUCAGACAAUUCCUUCUUCCCUUUCCAUUCAGUCACACAAACACCGAUAAUCAAGCAAACACCUUUUUUUUUUCUCAAACAAAUAACGAGAAAAAGAUCACGAACCGAAUCCCAAAGCAGAGGAUCUAAUUCAAACAACAAAACAACAACAACAACACCCAAGAUACCCAACACAUAAACACAACAACCAACCACACAUCAUCACAAUGUCAGCCUUCACAAUUGCUACUCGCAGGGUCGCCACCCAAAUCCCCCGCGCCGCCGCCGUCUCUACGCCCCGCGCCGCCUUCUCUUCUUCCGUUACUCUUCAAAAGUCCAUCUCCGAGACCGUAAAGGACACCCUCAACACCGUCAACCGCGCUGUUUCUGACAAGGCCCUCGAUGGCAUGGACAUUGGCUCCAACGUAGCCUCAAAACUCAAGGAAACCGCCGACACCCUCACCAACGCCUCCUCGCCCUCCGACCUCGCCUCCCGCGUCAAGGACGCCGCCAGCAACGCCGCUUCGGACGCCGCCGACGCCAUCCCCAAGGACGUCAAGGGCAAGGCUUCGGAGCUCGCUGGUGAGGCGAAGGGUAAGGCGUCUGAGCUGUCAGGCAAGGCCAAGGGCGCCGCCAACGAGGCCACCUCAGGCAACGUUUCGGAGCUAGCGGGCGAAGCCAAGGGCAAGGCUUCCGAGCUCGCUGGUGAGGCCAAGGGCAAGGCGUCUGAGCUGGCGGGCAAGGCCAAGGGCGCUGCCAACGAGGCGACGAGCGGAAACUUGUCUGGCGCUGCUUCUGAGUUGACUGGCGAGGCUAAGGGCAAGGCUUCAGAGCUCGCUGGCAAGGCCAAGGGUGCUGCCAACGAGGCUGCUGGUGGGGAUGUGCAGGGAAAGGCCCAGGAGCUCAAGCAUGAGGCGAGCGGUAAGGCCAGCGAGCUCGCCGGUAAGGCGAAGGGUGCCGUGAGCGAGGGACAAGGGAAGGCCAAGGGUAUGGCUCAGGAGACGGAGAAGAUGGCCAAGGAGGCUGGCAAGCAAUCUGAGUUCUCUUAAAGGGGUUCAUUCAACCGAGAAAAAGGACGGAAUUUGCAUUUAGGAUUGAAGAACGGGACCAUUCAGAUUCACAGGGAUGGAUGGAUGGAUGGAUGGGUAAAGGGAAAGCAGAGGCGUUCAGGGACGCGCGCACAGCAGUUAUUGAUUGCAUCAUGAUGACUAUCACGAAGUUUUCCUCCUAUUAGAAAAUCAUCAAGAGUCGAAUCGUAAUUUUUAUUACAUUUCACUUCACCUUACCUUCCACUGCAACCUUCAAACGUGAACAUAUUCCUAUGUAUCGAAAUGUAUCAGCGCACAACACCCGACUUCCUAUCAGGGCUGCCCGACAGGCAAAGGAAGCCAGGAUAAAAAAGAAAAAAAAGAUUCUUCUUCUCCCACCACUUGUACUCUUGGUACAAAUCCCACCAAAGUGACGCUGACAAGUUCCACCCCAUUGGGGAUUUGCUUGUUUUGAUGUACCGCUCGGAAUACAGAGCCUGGAAUCAAGGAUUGUUCUC